AUGUCUCUCGACCCCGUUACCGGCGGUCUCGGCCGCGAUCUACCCGUCAACAACAAAGUCACCGAGACAGCCACCAACACAGUUCAAUCAACCGCACAAAAGCCAGUCAAACAAGUACAAGAAACAACCAAACCACUUACCGACCCAGUCAUCCCGGGCGAAUUCCCUUCCGAAGAUGGGCCCCGCGACACCGAGCAGCCUCCCCCCGAGAUCAACUUCCGCGGCAUCUGGGCCGGAUUCACCAACUGGUUCGCAUCGAUGAUACCGCAAGCCUUUGACGGAUUCGAGUGGCUUGUGACAUGGUUAGUGAAUCGGUACCUGCCGCCGCCGAAGCAGGCCGCCAUGUACGAGGAGGCACUGAAACGGCCGAUUGCGUCGACGUUCCUCGUGUGUCAGAUGAUCUGCUGCGGUGUGCCGCUGUUAGUGUUCCUGGUAGGGGUGUUUGUGUUUGCGAUUAUUGCGGUGUUGUUGUGGGCGGUUCUGGCGCUGUUGAUUCUCGGACCGAUCUUGCUUGUGGCGAGUAUGAUGGGGAUUUCGUUGUGGGGAUGGGGGUGGGUUUUGUACGGGUUGCUUAAGUGGGUGGAUCAGCGGUUCUUGGGUGGGAUGAUUACGCGUUUUUGGUUGCCGAAGGUACAGGAGCAGGAGAAGGGACAAAAGGAGAAGGGACAAGAGGAUAAGGGACAAAAGGAGAAGGGACAAAAGGUGAAGGGACAAAAGGUGAAGGCACAAAAGGUGAAGGUACAAAAGGAGAAGGGUGGGGAUGACGGAGAGGGUAAGGAAGAGACGGGGGAAGAGGUGGAUGAGAAGAAGGAUAAUUGA